GCCACGCAACCCUUCACUAAGUCAGGAGUUGCCCUGUAAGAGUGCAAGGCGGUAAGAAGGAAGUGGGAAAGGGACGGUCAACAGGAAGGUGCUGCAAGGACUGAGAGGAUGGGGAACUAUCUACGGAGGGAAAACAGGUGGCAGCAGGACAGUCAAAAGAUGCCUUGGAAACUCAGACUCCAAAACACCCAGCAGAGAACAUCCAGAUGCUGGGAUUGCCAUGUCACUGAAGAGUGUUUCUGCCUCCCAUGGAAAAAAACAUGUGUUUUUAAAGCAAGGCAAGGUUUCCAAAAGAAAAAUGAAGGAAUGACACCUACUCCUAUCCAGGACCCUGCUAAGCAGACCUACACCGAGGAGCUCUGCUACGUCCUGAUCAAUCAUAGGGCCCAGGGGAGAAGGCCAUCAGAGACUUCUGCUGAGGCGUACUAUGAGAACGUUUCCUGCAAGGCUGGGAGGCCCAGGGAGUCUUUGGGAGAAACAGAGACUGAGUAUUCACUUCUCCGAAUGCCUUCCACUCCUAGGCAGCUCGCUUCCCCAGAAGGUGAAUAUGAGCUUCUCAUGCCGAGCAAAAUCUCCUCCCGCUUCCUACAGCAGCCACAAGCACUUGCCACACCCUUUGAGACACAGUUUUCCCUUUUACAAUGAAUAGGCCGGACUAGUAUUAGUUUAGCACCAGUAGAUAAAAGUGGAGAGCUCUGCUCAAAGCAGACUUGAGGCAUAAAGCCCUUCCACACAGGACCUCUAAGAUCCUGCUCAACAUUCAGUAUCUGAGAGUCAAUCUUUAUCCUGAACACCACUAUUUGAGAAAGGAGUGACCAUCUUUGAUUUUAAAAAGAGCUGGAAGUGCUGAGUGGUAGGAAGGGCUUUGUGGUUCCCCUGCAGCUCUGUUCACCACAACAGGUUCUUGGGUUCUUAUAAAAUAUCAUCAUGAUUUUUAUCUGAAGUCACAAGGAAGUUUUCUCAUUAUAUCAAGUGACUUGAGGGGGAAAUUACCCAUUGCAGUGACCUUCCAGCAAGAGUCUGGGGUGCUCCUCUGAGGAAUGUCCUUGAUACAGUGUCUUUUGACUCAUUGGCUCCUGUGACUGGGUUGGUUACGGGUUGAUCCAAGAGGCUACAGUACAGGU